ACGAGGCCUCCCCAUGGAGUUCCACUACCGCGCCGGCGACGAGCGCUGUCCGUCGGCGGGGGCCGCUGCUACGUCGGCCAACUCCGAGACGGCAGCCACGCACGUGCCUAAUGUUCUCGUCGCCGGCGACGGCGCGGGGUACCACGGGGAGAACUCACCGCCGCCGGCGUCUGAUCCGGACGAGCUGCGGCGCCGGGCGGCGAAGGAGAGGAUAAGGGCGCGGAUCCUGCGGGAGGAGGCGGAGGCCAUGGCGCUCGAGGCCGAGGUCCGCCGUGAGCUCAUGGAGGAGCGCGCCAGGUUGCUCGUGGGGCUGGCCGGCGUGUCCGAACAUGGGGCGGCGCCAUCGCUGAAGACAGCGUCGCCGUACUUUCAUGAGUCUGUGCAGGCCGGGUCUAAAGUAGACGUGUCUGCUGCUGUGCCAGGCAAGCGGAAAAACCCUGAUGUACAUGAUGCAUCUGCUGUUUUGGCGGCCACCGGAAGCAAGAAGCCGAAGUCAGGCCUGACUUGCACGGUGUGCAACAUCACGGCAACCAGUGAGGUUGCCCUGCAAGAGCACCUCAGAGGGAAGAGCCACGGGAAGAAGGCCGCUAAACAUACGCAGCCAUCGCCUGGAACAGGUCAACCAGAGGAGGAUGCGUUCAGCUUGAAGGUAAAUAGGUCGGCAGCCUUACCGGCCAAGGGGCAAAACCCUGGUAUUGUUGCCCCUUUGAUGGCUUUCGCUGAAAAAAGUUGCGACAACUUGGGCUUGAACUGCACGGCAUGCGGCAUCACAGCAAGCAGUCAGAAGAACAUGCAAGAUCACCUCAAAGGGAAAAUUCAUAUGAGGAAGACUGCCAUGCUCGCGCAGCCAUUGCCUAAGAAGGAUGGGGUCUGCUCAAAACCAAAUGCAUCAGCAGCCGUGCUACCGGCCAAGCGGAAGAACUUCGACGUUGUCCCAGCCACAUCCACCCUUUCAGCCGGGCCAAGCAGCAAGAAUCAGAAGCGAGACUUGACCUGCACGGCAACCAGCGAGAAGGGCACGAAGGAUCACCUCAAAGGGAAGGCUCACAUGAAGAUGGCGGCCUCGCUUGCCCCUGGGGAAGCGGAGGAAGAGGCAGAGGUGGAAGGCGGCUACACGCCGAGGAAGUUCCAUAUGCUGACAGACUCCGGGACAUUGUGCGAGGUGGUGCAGCUGAACGGCUCCAUCCUCUGCGAGGUGUGCGACGUGCAGACCGCUGACAUUGUUACCAUGAUGUGCCACCUACAGGGGACCAAGCACGUAUCCAAGCAAGCCAAGCAGAAGCAGUGCGAAGCCGUGGAACCACCGGCAGCCGUCGCUGCUGGUGGCGACGGGCCAGGAUCAGAAAUGGUGCCCGUGGGGGGCAAUGACGUGGGCCGGGUGGACGGCGGCUCCCUGCUGUGCGAGCUCUGCAACGUGAAGGUGCCGUCGGAGUGCGCCAUGCAGUCUCACCUGUCCGGCAGGAAGCACACCAACAAGGCAAAGGUGGCUGCAGUUGGUGUCGGUGCAUGUGGCAAUGGGUCAGCAUCAGAAACUGUGCCCAUGGAGGCGAAUGGCGUGUGCCGACUGGACGGCGGCAUCCUGCUGUGCAAGCUCUGCGACGUCAAGGCCCCGUCGGAGUGCGUCAUGCAGACUCACCUGUCCGGCAGGAAGCACACCAACAAACAGAAGGCCACCGUUGAAGCCGGUGCAGGACAGGGGGUGAAGAAGGCUGCCGCCGCCACCAUGAUCGGCAGCCCAUCCAAGGAAGCCACCUCCAUCGUCGUCAAUGGCAGUGAUGACUCGGUGAAGAAACCAGCAGCAAGAGAGAUGGAGGUAGCUGUGUCAUCGGCAGGACAGGGGGUGAAGAAGGCUGCCGCCACCCCCGUGAUCGGCAGCCCAUCCAAGGAAGCCGCCUCCAUCGUCGUCAAUGGCAGCGAUGACUCAGUGAAGAAACCAGCAGCGGGAGAGAUGGAGGUAGCUUUGUCAUCGGCAGGACAGGGGGUGAAGAAGGCUGCCACCGCCAUGAUCGACAGCUCAUCCAAGGAAGCGGCCUCCAUCGUCGUCAAUGGGAGCGAUGACUCCAUGAAGAAACCAGCAGCGGGAGAUAUGGAGGUGGUAGUGUCAUCGGCAACGCCUCAAGUGGAUGUUGCCGCCCCGGUCUGCGCCCGUGUCUCCUCCGUGGCCCCAAUGGAAGUAGAUGAAGGUGCAGGGGCCGGACAUGGUGCUGCCAAAGCUGAAGAACAAAAGAAAGCUGAUGCCGAGGAAGAGGGAGCCGUGGAGAUCGACGGAGGCCCCGCCGUGACCGGCGAGGAGUAUUACAUCAAGGUGGAGGGCAAGCUGUUCGUCACGCUGCGUCAGGCGGACGACAGCCUCUCGUGCAGCCUGUGUGGCGUGCACGGCUGCGACAAGCGCGGCAUGAUCAGUCACCUCUACACCAGGGACCACUGGCGCAGAGCCCGUCUCGCCGAGGAGAAGAAGCGGGCACCGGAGGCAGCGCUAGAGGCGGUGAACAAUGGCGGCGACGGCGUCCCGGUCACUGAUGGAGCGGCUCAGGUUGACAACUGA